AUGAAAGGAAACAUCAUUUUAACAUCUGGAGACAUAGUUGUAUGUCUUGAUUUGAUAGCAAAAGUUCAUGGCUUAGGUCCAGCAGAAAAAUACUUUAAUAACCUUUCAGAUUCUAUAAAAGAUUUCAAGGUCUAUGGCGUUCUUUUGAAUUACUAUGCACAACAUGAUUCGGCGGAGAAAGUAGAGGCUACCAUGCAGAAACUAAAAGAGUACGCUUAUUCAGAAACAGAGAUGAGAGUAGAUAUUGACACACUGAUAUAUUCUGAUUCAGCUACUUCGUGCAAUAUAGCUUAUAUCCAAAGAGUGAACCCUCCAAGGUUUGAACCAAGUUCAACACUAGGGUUGUCUUCUUCCUCCUUUAUCAGAGCUCGCAGCGGUGUGCUUGUCCCAGUCUUCAUGGAUCAAGUUUUGAGUGAAUGGAGUGGUAUGGUUGAAAUAUGUGUUGGCCAAUAUGUUUGUGUUUCCAUUAAAGACACAGAUAGAUUGGAGAGCUUACUAUUGCGGAUGGAAGCUGAUCCUAAGGCAACUAUUAACUUGAUAACAUACUCUAUUGCAACAAAAGCUUAUAUUCAGGUUGGCCAACAUGAGAAAGCAUAUGCAAUGCUGAGGAAAUCGGAGGACAUUAUUGAACUCAAGAGGAGGAGGGCUGCUUGUGAAUCUCUUCUAACUAUGUACAGCUCCAUGGGGAAAAAGACGAUGUUUAUCAAUGGUCUGAUGGAAAAAGCUGAAGCAUUCGUUAAUAGGCUUUUAAAGAGUCGCAAUGAAUUAGGUGGCAGUAUAUGGGAUCGAUUGGCAUAUGGCUAUUACAGGAACAGCGAUAUGGAUAAUGCUAUUCAAACAAUGAAAAAAGCGAUUUUAGCAGAUCAACCUAAAUUAACAUGA